UUCGUAUAUUACCAGCAUAGACGUUGGUAUUUUUGUACAGCCGACUAGGUAUACGAUUGUCCUGAAUGUAUGUUUUAUAAUAUUAUUGUACACUGUAAAAGAUAUUGUACUGAACUUAUAGGCAAUUACUGAGUUUUUUAUUAAUAAGGUGCAGCGCGUGUAAUUUAAAAUAUAAGAUAAGGCAUAUUGUUUUAUAUCAAAGUACGCUAAAAAGAAUUGAAUUCGUACAUUGGAUCAAUGCGUAUACACAAUAUACGUUAGAUAAUACGCGUAUAUUAUAACAUGAUGUUGCAGCACAUAUUUAUGGUUCAUUCAUUGUAUACACAAUGGCGUAUAGUACGUUUACUACACCACUUAUUUCCAGAAAUUCUUCUGUCUGGAAAAAUCAUCAAAGCCUAUCGAAUGGAAUACAAUACAAAUCAAAUGAUAUCAUAUCCCACGUCGAACAAAAUGUCACGAGCAAACUGUCUAAGGGAGAUCUUUACCCUCAGAUAUUGGCAAGUGUUGUUGCUUUUUUGUUGGUCACUCAGCCCGGAAUUAAUAUGGUAUACUCAAACAUAUUUCUGAAUCACUAUGAAUUUACAGAUGUUUCAGAAUUAUCUUGGUUAACUAGCAUUCUAGUGCUUUGUACACCAAUCGGGGCGAUUUCCAUUGGCGUUAUUAUGGACCGGAUCGGCAGGAAGAACGCGUUUUUACUCACGUGCGUACCGCUCUUGAUAUCCUGGUCGAUCGCUUCGGUUGCUCGGCCAGAAAACAUGGGUUUGAUCUACGCGUGUCGAUUUUUCGCUGGUAUUGGUGGAGGUAUGACGUCCAUGGUCGUCGUUUACGUCUCGGAAAUAGCUCACUCUUCGUAUAGACAAGUGUUGUUGUCGUUGAACAGCGUGUUUUUUUCGGUGGGCGUAUUGUUCGCAACCACUGUUGGAUCACUGUUCCAGUGGCAGGCAGUCAACGUGAUAUUUUUCACAUUUACAGCCGUUACAACAGUGCUCUUGGCCAUCUUUUUACCAGAAAGUCCGGCUUGGUUAGCCAAGUUUCGGACCGACCGUAUGUACGACGCCAGAAGUUCAAUGAGAAGAAUAUACCCGAGAAACAACCAAGUGUUUGCCGAGGAAAUGGAUCUGCUGUACUCGAAGACGACCGCGGACGAGACGGCGGCGGACGCGCAACCGCCUCCUCACUGCAGCGGUUGCGGACGAUCCGCCCGGUCGCGGCGGAAGCGGAAGUGGUGCGGCUGGUGGCGUUCGCCGCAGCCGCGGACCGUGACCCGGCCGGUGCGCGUGCUGGCCACCGUGUUCCUGUUGCAGCAACUGAGCGGCUGUUACCCGGUGAUAUUCUACGCGGUGCCCGUCAUGCGGUCGGUGGCGUGCACGGCCAACGUGGUCGGACCGUACUCGGACAUGGACGCCAUGGUGGCGCUGGGCGCCGUCCGGCUGCUGACCAGCGUGGCGGCGUGCGCGCUGUCCACGCACGUGGGCCGCCGGCCGCUGCUCAUAGCCUCGUCGUUGGCCAUGGCGUGCUCGGCCGCCCUGGUGGCGCUGACCUGCGGCCCGACCGCCGCGCCGCUGUUGCCGCUGGUCGGCGUCGCCGUGUUCGCGUGCAGCGGAUCGGCCGGCGUGCUCGUGUUCCCGUGGACGCUGGUCGGCGAACUGUUGCCCGUCUCGGUCCGGGCCGCGGCCGGCGCCGCGCUCGUGGCCUAUGCGUACACGCUAAUGUUCGUCGUGCUCAAAGCGUUCCCUUACGCGGUGGCCGACGGCGGCGAUUCCGUGGCCAUGACGUUCGCGUCGUUCGCCGCCGCGUCGCUGGCCAUGGCCGCGUACGUUUACGUCCGCCUGCCCGAGACGAUGGGCAAGCGGUUCGACGAGAUCGAAGCGCACUUUGCCGCCGCCUCGGACGACGACGACGACGACGACCAGGUCGGUCACGACGCCCGCUGCAAGGCGACGACCUAUUCGACGCCGCCGUGAUGUGUCGGCACGGGCCGUCGCGUCUCGCGUUAUUGCGUGAGGGGCCCGACCACUUGACCGCAGCGCAGUUGCCAUGUGUGUGUGUAUAUAAUCGUUAUAUAUAUAUGUGUGUGUAUAAUAUACUGCACGAUGACGUCUCGCAGGAAAAUUAUCCUCUAUCCGCCUUAGUUUUCGCAUGUUAUAGCGUUUUGUUUUUGAAAUUUUUUUCCAUCUCGCAAAUCGUAAGUCUGUGAAAACUGUAAAAGCCAACGUUAGUCGGCAGUUUCACCCGAACGAUACCUAACCGGUAACGAAAUUAACGAUUUUAUCAUUACUAUAACACAGUAUAUAAUCCAUUAGUGUCCGUCUAACUCGCUGCACUGUCCGAUUCGUGCGACCGACACCUCCAGUGGCGUAGACACGAUUUCUGAAAGGGGGGAGGGAUCAAAAAUAGAAAACGACAUAGCUAAAUAGGAGGGGAAAAUCGGAAGGUCACCCACCCUCUCAACAUUUUUUACUUAGGUAGAGAAAUAUUUAACAAUAAGAAACAAUAAAUAUUAUUUUAAUUAAUUCAAAAUUCACAUCAAACACAGUAAGAUAUGUUAUAAAUUAUAAUAAAGUAUAAUUAUAAUUAUCAUAGUCGUCAUCGACCAUUUCGACCAAAUAAACAUGACUUUGCUAUAAAUAAACCAAAAUAAAAUUUUAAUGAUAUUCAGUUUUAACAAAAUUGUUAAAAUGCAAUACCUCAAUUGAUCAUAACCCAUAAUAUAACAAAAUAUUACAUUUUAGUUCAUAGUGCAUACUAAAUAUAAUUCUAAGUAAAAAAAAAAAAUAAUGACAAUGGGGGGGGGGAUUUGACCCCCACAUUCCCCUCUUGUGUACGCCACUGGACACCUCUAUAUGAACCCGCGUGUUUUUAAAUUUGUCGUAAGCACUACAUUUGUAUAAUUCUUCCGUGUGGUUGCAGAAGAAAUAGGAUCGAUGGAAUACAAUAAUAUAGUAUUAUAGUUAUUACAGUAAUAGCAUGCGUGGUGUAUAAUAAUAUAAUAUACGAAUACGAUUGUUAUGAAAUUUAUAAAGUGCACUUUUUUUUUUACCUGUUUAUAAUCGCCGUUCGUGUUUUUUUUUGUAUUUGUAAUUUAUUAUUAUUUUUUAUUAAUAUUUUAUAUUAUGACUUCGAAAGUAUAAUAAUAUGUAAAUCAAAGACUUAAAUUAAAAAAAUGUCGAGUGGUUUUACCUCGGCGGACGCUGAAAAAUAAAUCGAUACGUUGUGUAAGAAA